GCCAUUUAUGUGGCUGUGUAAGUAUGCAAACUAAACCGUUCGAGCAAUAAUUCUUUGAUGCAAAACGAUGGCAACAAUUCUGCAAGCAGUUCGCUCUUUGCGUGCUGCUCGUUUUCUGCAGUCGGUACGCUGGAACUCGAAUGAAGUCCCACUCAUUGAUCCUUCGCGUAUGAUUCGAAAGCCGGGCUUCCAACCAUCCACUCGCAAGUCGAAAGGUGCUGCCCUCAGGCCACAUCUUGGCGUCGAGGUAGACCCGAACCAUGGUCUUUGGGCUUUUUUUAGAAAGAAGGAAGUCGACGGGGAGAUGGAGUAUGUGAGUCUUGAAGGAAGAGACACAUUUCAAGAUGAUCCCGGGAGGUCAUGGAAAGCAGCAGAACUUCGGCGAAAGAGCUUCAAGGACCUGCAUACGCUUUGGUAUGUUCUCUUGCGAGAACGAAACCUCCUUGCAGCCCAAAGAGAGGAGGCGAGGCGACUUGGUGUCAGCAAUCCUGAGAGUCUUGCUGGCGUUAAAAAGGAUGUUCAAUGUCGAAAAUCGAUGGCACGUAUAAAAUACGUGAUCAACGAGCGGAGGCUACUUUAUGAUAAAUAUAUUGCUGAAUUGGAAGCUAAACACCAGCUGUUGGCAUCCAAGCCGAAACCCGCGGCAGCUGGCGUUCAGCCAUCUCAAGAUAAAGAAAACGUCCCUCGUACGCGCGCUGAAAGGCUGAAGGCACGGCGGACCAAGAGGUCGAAUACACCCAUUCCUGUAUGACUCGACGACGGAGUCGCGCCCCAAACUCUUGUACCAUACUUGUAGUUACCCAUAAUAUUGCUUUGACCGAAUCUACCAUAUCUUCUGAUAUUUGAUAUUAAUGUGAAGUUGUCCGUGAUCCGCGUCGGUUUUGCUCCCAAUCACUCAUGACUUGUGAUAUCUGACAGUCUUUGACAGAGGGCUGCUCGUACAUCUCCAGU